GAGGCUCCGUGAUGCGCCGCGGUGGUCACGCAGGACGGUGGGGCGCUGACAGCCGGGACGCUGCCUGCGGAGCUCGGUGAAGUGUGUCUGCCACCCCGAGCCUAAAGCUGGAUUACCACCAGGCCGAGAGCCCUCCAGCAGAGGGCAGCACAAGCUCAACUCGCAGAUCAGGUCCCAGAGCAGUGAGCGCUGUCAGGAUUACUCCUUUAACAACCAUGAAAGGUUCUCCUGAUCUGAUUCCCUCCGCAGAUUUGGACCCGAGCAGAGUGUGCAAAGGGAAAGGCGUGGUGACCCUGAGGGCGACCCUCGUCCACAUCGACGACGACGACGGCGACGAGCCGAAUGUCAUCGCAGCUACAAGCAGCUGGACCGGCCAGAUUAAUGGAGACGGAUCCAGAGCAGGAGCAGCCGAGGACGGCAGCAGCAACGCGCCUCAUUUACCUCCUGAGAGCAACACCCGGUGCCAGGCCUUUUCACCCAGAAGCAUAAGCGAAAACGAAGCUGCUUCUCCUCCAGAUGCUCUGUACGUUAACCCCUCGGCUCCCGGUUGUGUUUAUCCCCGCACCAGUUCAGUCAACCCCACCAUCGUCCUGCUGCAGCACAACAGAGAGCAGCAAAAGAAUCUGCCUCACUUCGAAGAGCCGGCCCCAGACAAAGGCCCCGAUCCCAGCAGGGACUGUGUGAGUCCCGGCUCCGACAUGGACGGGACGAGGCUGCGGCUGUCGCUGCACUCCCCCGUCCGCGGCCCCAUGAGCAAACCCAUUGUGCCUGUUCGGAACACUGAAAAGUCCAAGGACUGGUAUAAGACCAUGUUCAAACAGAUCCAUAAAUUACCCGAGCCUUUUGAGGAAAACCCCUACCGCCCCACCUACAUUUUCCCCGAGACCUUUGACAUUCGCAUGACCCCAAAAGACGAUGGUCCCACCCCAUAUGUUUACCUGGAAGAUGGAAGAACUGUUCCGCGCUCUAAAAGCGCCGACCCGGUGGACUCCAGAGGGAGACCGAUGCCGGUUCCAACCCGGUCCUCGUCUCUCAAGCCGUCUGCCACAAGGAGCGAGUGGGAGCCGCCGGAAAAGAAGGUGGACACCAGGAAGUACCGCGCCGAGCCCAGGAGCAUCUUCGACUACGAGCCGGGGAAAUCAUCCGUCCUGAAGCUGGAGAGAACGGAUGUAAGUCCAGAAGAUGUAGAUUUAGAGAAUGAGCCUUGGUAUAAAUUCUUUUCAGAGAUGGAGUUUGACAAAGCGAGUGCCCCCUCCUUCAGCCCUCUGGAAACAGCCUCCGACCUGCAGCAGUACUCCUCUAGCAAGUCUGGACACAACGAGGUGGACAAGGACGGGGGGUCGUCGUCCGGCGACCCCGCCGCUCCAGAAUGCGACCGACAUGUUUACAAGAGCAUCCUGGAGGGCGGCGACAUUCCCCUACAAGGCCUGCGGGCUUUAAACAAGCGCCAUGGCAGCUCCUCCUCCUCUAAAGUGGAUUAUAAAGGUGGGAAUGGCUAUUUAAUUUCACCCUGCUCCUCUGUAAAUAGUCGAAUGGUUCUUGCCAGUAAUGCAAUAGGUGACCAGUGUAAGAGUAAGAAGUCCCUGUCCGCUGCCAAGGCCUGCAUACCGCAGAUCCUGCCCUCCAAGUUCAAGCCCAAGCUGCUGCCCCCCGGUGGUGACAGCCGGGACUGCAGGACCGAUGGCGCCAGACAGCCCAAGUCUCACAGCUGCGAGGAUAUCUACCCAGGGCGCUUUGGUGAAGAGGAGGACCGGGGCGUCUCCCCUGCGGUGAGACGGAGCGCGUCCGGGUUCUCCAGCCUGUACCGCUCCAUGCAUCACAUCCAGCGGCCCAGUUCGGUCGGCUGCAGCCCGCACGGCAGCGUACGCAGCCUCACCUCGCUGUUUGAAGCGGGCCAGAGCGACGCAGAGAAGUCGGUCGGGACUGUUGGACGGGACAACGUGUCGUCACGGGUCAGCGAGUUCGAAACGAUGAUCCGGUCUGGCGCCGCCCCCAGCCGCUCGUCGUCACUGCCCGCCCUGGACUCCGGGCGGAACCGCAGCCCCGACCGCGUGGCGUCCGCCGUGUCCGCCGAGGCGCUCCUGACAACCGAAGCCACAACGACGGACGUUAGCGCUGCGGCGGAGGGUGGGAACUCCAGGGUUUCGUCUCCGGAGGACGAGGUGGCUUCGUCAUCGGGGGAUGGACAGGAAGUGGAGCAGAUCCUCAGCGGAUCCAAAACCCCUCCGCUCCACCACCACCACCACCUGCACCACCUGAACCAUCCGCUCCUCCUCAAGCCCAGCAAGUGCAAAGGCGCCUGCCCGGCCUCCUACACCCGCUUCACCACCAUCCUGCGCCACGAGAGGCAGCAGGACACACCGGCUGCUGUGGAGAGGAAGGCCAUGCUGCCGGGAAACCUCUUCCUCAUGGGCCCGGCGCCCUUCAGGUUACGGAAGAACCCACAGCCGCACCAAACCCGACGGACGCUGUUGGCCACCAGGGUGACGGCGGGCGCCCAGAGGCCCCUCAUCCCGCGGCGGCUCUCCUCCCUGGAGGUCGUGGAGAAGCUGGAGGGCGGCGGGACUGAGCGACUGAGUAACGGCCAGGUGUUUGACGCCAACGGGAACCUACUGGCAGCUCACCAUAGAGACUCGUCCCCAGCUCACGGGGAAAGCCAGGAUGAAGUGUUGAGGAAGCGUCAUGGGGACAAAGAGAAAAUCCUGGAGGAGCAACGGCGGCUGAAGCGGGAACAGGAAGAGGCCGACAUCGCGGCGCGGCGGCACACGGGGAUUGUUCCGACGCACCACCAGUUCAUCACCAACGAGCGUUUCGGAGACCUGCUCAACAUCACAGAUAACGCAGAGAAACGGAAAUCAGGCGUCGAGAGAACUCCAGCCAUGGCACGCUUUGACUUCAGAGCAGAAAGCCUAAAGGAAUUACCGUUUCAAAAGGGGGAUAUUGUGUACAUAAUCCGACAAGUCGAUCAGAACUGGUAUGAAGGCGAACAUCAUGGAAGAGUCGGCAUUUUCCCACGAAGUUACGUUGAGCUCCUGCCUCCAACAGAGAAAGCCCAGCCAAAGAAAAGCGCCCCAGUCCAGGUUCUGGAGUACGGAGAAGCGCUCGCCCGCUUCAACUUUAAGGGAGACACAGUGGUGGAGAUGUCCUUCAGGAAGGGCGAGCGGAUCACGCUGAUCCGCAGAGUGGAUGAGAACUGGUACGAGGGGAAAAUCUCCGGCACCAAUCGGCAGGGCAUCUUUCCCGUCACCUACGUGGAAGUACACAAGCGGCCGCGCGUGAAGAACGGCGUGGACUACCCGGACCCGCCGGUCAGCCUCUCGCCGCAGCGCAGCACCAACGCCUCGCCGCAGCUGUACCGUAACCGCCUCACCACCUCCCCCCUGACGCUGCCCCGCUCCCCCCGCCGCUCCGUCUCGCCUGAGGUUCACGCCGUCUCCUCCGAGUGGAUCUCUCUCACCGUGGGUGGUGGCAGCCCCCCUGCCGCCCCGACACCCCCCCUGCCGCCGCCGCCCACCGUCUCCUACCGCUGGGGCGAGUACCUGCCCCCGCCGUACUCCGCCAGCCCCGUGCCCUACGUCUCCCCCAUGGCGUCGCCCUCCGCCUCCCCGCUGCCGCCGCCGCACCCGCCCAGGCCCGGCUCGGCCACGCCCUUUCUCACCUUCACUCCGCCGCAUGGGGAGGACUUCCUGUCGCACAGCGUGAGCCCCAGCGGCGGGCCGGUGCUUGAAGGCUGGCUGAGCGAGGGGGAGAGCGCGGAGGGGGAGCGGGGCCGGGCGGCCCAGGGCAGCAGACAGAGUAGCCCUGCAGAGUUUGUGAAGAACGAGGCCGACCAUCUGGGUCGGAUCUCCAGGAGCCCUGUCAUGCCGUACGACAUCCAGGAGAACAACAACGUUAACUCAUUUGCGGAGGCAGUGUGUAAUGAGAUCUUGAAUAUUGCUGAGACCUCAGUGAGGUACUGCAGCACCCUGUCCCACCACCAUAAUGACUCUCUUCACAGACUGCACCCCCACCCCAGUAAACAAUGUCUCAUCAUUUCCCAGCAACCCCAGUCCCACAGCAGCAGCCCGGAGCCGAGCCGUCUCAGCUGUGGAAUUUUCCAGGCUUUGUACAGUUACGUUCCUCAGAACGACGACGAGCUGGAGCUGCAGGAGGGAGAUCUCGUCAGUGUCAUGGAAAAAUGCGAUGACGGCUGGUUUGUCGGCACAUCAAAGAGGACAAAACAGUUUGGGACUUUCCCUGGGAACUACGUGAAGGAAGUGAAACUGUAACAAUAUCUAAUCUGCCUGUAACACACGGUUGCCUGUCAAGCUUGGGGAAGUUAUUACUACUGCGCAUGGCUGCUGGGUAGAAUAGUCAUCUGGCCAGGCGAAUACAUUUGUCUGGGGAAGUGAUCGGUGCGGCCGGGGGGAUGUGGAAGGACAGCGGAGGGGACAGCGCUCUCCGUCCAAACCGCCAUCACAUGUUACUCACUUCUGGGCAGAAUCCAUCCGUCUCCAACAUGUGGGGAUUACGUCACUCGAAUUAGCUGGUGUUGCACAGAUUAUAGCUUCCAGUACGUCCGUGUGUUUAUGUAGCACCUGGUCUAGAUCACCACAUCACAGUGGAUCUUAUUAUCGAAGAAGGACUUUGGAGGAGGGAAAAACGUCAUUCUUAAGGUGGCUCCCUAAAGGUGAAGCCACCUUUAGGGAUCAGAGGUGUGAAUCAUCAAUCAUGGAUCUUCUUAAUUUAAAAAUAUCAAAUUUACUUUCCAGAUGUGAAAUUUUGUCUGUCAAACAGACUUUUCCUCUUUAAUUCUGAUUGAAGAAAACAAUCAUUUUGAGUUUAAAGGGCAUAUAUCAUUAUUAUUAAAGAUGAUCUGUAAUGCUUCCUUGAACAGGUUAUGGUAGGUCUAUGGCCUAAACAACCAUGUUCAUUACAUUUCUUGGAAAAUCUUUCUUAGAUGAUGAGAUUGUAGUCUGCUCAGUUUCAGAAUGAGCUGCUUUAGGGCUCUGUCACUUUAAAUCCAUAUAAGCUGCAGCUGGUCAUCCACCCAACAAAUCAACGUUUACACUUACUGCUGCAAACAGAUGCGUAAUUUUACAACCAUACUUUGAAAAGCAGAAGUGGAGCCUCCUGCACAAACAACAAGACUGCAUCAAGAGGCUUCAGACACUGAUGAAGAAAAAAGAUUGUCUGAGGCAGUUACUGGUAAAAGAAACUGUUCCAGCCUGAUGAACUUGGUGGUCUGGCUGUCGACUCUGCUUGCAGCUGUAGCUGUGUGUCAACUUUAAAUAAUUUCUUAAUUUCAAUCUAAGUUUUCUAUUAUUUUCUAGAAUAUCUUUGUAGCAAGCAUGCUAACUCCAUCCUCGUUCCAUAUAUUUGCCUUAAAACAGGGAAGCCAAACAUUUUCAUUUUUGGCUGCAUGUAGAUCAUGAAUGUCUUCGAAGGGCCAGUUGUUGCAGAAUGUAUUAAUAAAACUAACCGUUAAACUGUUGAAACUUAUCUACGUUUAAUUAGUACUUUUUAAAAUGUAAACAUUUUUUACUUCUUUUCACACUGAUGUAAUUUGGUCCUAUACAAAUGAAAACUGAUUUGUUUUUGAUUAAAUAAUGUUUAAGUACACAACUGGUAUCUUAUCAAUUUAUGUGGCUCUCUACACUCUAGCGGGCCACAUAAAUCGUCACGGUGGCCGGAUUUGGCCCGCGGGCCGUGAGUUUAAUACCUGUGCCUUAAAAUGUUCUUUUUUGUCAAGAAAACAAAAUAUUUAUGUGCAGAAAACAUUAUCUACAGUAACUAAAAUACGUUAUCCAUAUAUGGUUGUACCUUCCUGUUUUAGGGAGCGUGGCUUGAAAGUCUCGUUUUGUUUCAGAAAAUUAUCUUUUAAAGUUUAUUACUCACUUUGAAAACAAACAGAAGGUGAGAUACCUUAAAUAUUAAGUUUUCUGCCUCUUCAAUAUGAUGAUAUUUGCCCUUUAACCAUCUGCAACGUUAGCGACCCCUGCUGGAACUGGUCUGAUUUUGCUUCUUUUUUCGUUUUGUGUUUUUUUUUUUUGGUUAUUUGAAAUCACCAUAAAUUCAGUGUUGUUGUUUUUUAGGGGAAUGUUAAAGCUGUUACACCUCUGUGUAAUCCUAACGCUUCAGAUACCGCUGCAGUAUUGCCUUGUUUUGUUUUUUUUUUACCAAACAUUCUUCCUGAUGCAGUCGGGUGCAUGUGUAGAAACAACAAGCUUAUUUAAAAUGCUAUAUUUAGGCACAAGCAGCGAAAGCGCUGCGAAGGCCUAUUUUCUGUAUUGUUUCUGUAGCAAACACAACACGGACUGUGUUGCAUGUACUCUACAAGUGAAGCUUUUGAUUUGACUAAGUGAUGCCUUUAAGGUACCUAGUGAUCCAACGCCUUCAGCACAACUACCAGACGGGCGUAGUUGCACUUAACUUCCUGUUUGUCCCCAGCUUACAAGAUAAAAGCAGAUUAAUCUGAUGACCUACACUGCAAAAUCACGGUACUUUUGGUUUAGUUUCUAGUGUAAAUAUAUUAAUACACUUAAAAAUAAGAAAACUAAGUUAGAGGUAACUUUUUAGAACGAUAUAGGAGCUUGUUUUAAGUGAACAAUUCCUUAAUAUUAAAGAAAAAGUUGUAGUUCCUCUGACAACUGGCUCUGUGCCAUUACCUAGCAACGCCAGUCAAGCAUAGCCCGUCGCCUAGCAACCUAGUUCUACUUCCACUAGCAGAUUAUUUCAUGUGUAACAAUAAUUUUUUUCAAUAAGUGAAAUAAUCUGCCAGGGAAACUAGCACUUUUUUAUUAAUAUUUAGUUAUUUACUUAAAACCAGCUCCUAUAUAUUGCUGAAAAGUCACUUGUAAGUCAUUUUUAUCUUAUUUUAAGUGUACUAAGAUAUUUCCUCUAGGAAUACUUGGUAAGAUUUUGUCUUUUUGCAGUGUAUUGCUAUCUAGUAUUAGUCCAGGAAUGUGAUUUUUACUGAUUCUUAUAGAAGUUUUAACCACAUCCUCUGUGACCAGAUUGUAUCCACACACAUGAGGCCUUCUGAAUACGAGCACGUGUUUGUUUUUCUUUCUGUAAAUGUUCUGCAUGCACUGUAAAACCAAACUGGAGCAUGAAAUCCCAUCUCAACCCAAUUCAUCUUCCCACAGAGGUGGUGACAGGGUUUCACUUUAGAUCCUCUGAAAGCAUCAGAGCCGUCUUCCUGUGUGAGAAACGCAACAUCCCAGAGUUAAGCUACCUACAAAAACAAGGAUUAUUAUUGAUCUUUUUUUUUUUCGUGUUUUCUUUAGAAUCCGUCUUGUUUUUGUCUGUCUCAGCUUUGUGCAUGUUAGUCCUGAACACAGCUGUCGGAUUGUUCUGCAGAUACCCGUAGAGCUUGUUAUGACCUGCACAGAGCAGCAUGACGCUGUAGUUUGAGGGUUAUUUGCUAAACAGGUAUUUUUAAGCUGCUUUGGUGCAUAUCAGGGCUCUUUGCAAAGAUUAUAAUCAUCAUUUCUCAAUUACAACAUAGCAGACCAUCAGUAGUUAUCCCUUUGUACAGUGCCUUGAAAAGUAUUCACACUCAUACUGUUUUGUUUUACAUUUUGUCAACUUCCAGUCACAAACUUCAAUCUGUUUUUAUUAAGAUUUAAUGAAAGAUCAACACGAAUUAAUUACGGCAUAAUUCCAGCUUACGUAUGGAAACUAUGAGGCUGCGUUCACACAGCAGAAUGUGACGCAAAUUGGAUUUUUUGUGCAUUUGUGCGACUUUUUCCAGAGCAGUGUGAACGGCCCAAAUGUAUGGAAGAGUAUUAGGGCCACUGUAAAAAAUGUAAAUAAAAUUUUGACUUUUAACUCAUAAUUCUGAUUCUGCGUAAAAUUCCAAGUAAACAAAUAUCCUUAGCUGUAUGUCAAUUAUGUGGUUAGCUCAUGCAAAUAAUCACAUUAAGUGUUUCUUUCUUGUAACUGGAUUUGUAAUCCUGCUCUUUGUCCUCACUGGAAGCCUGUCACAAAUUUAUUUGGUUUAUUUGAGUUUUAAAACGAGAUUUGCUGCAUAAACGAUUCUGAUUCAGAGAAAAAAAGUCAGAAUUUUUAUUACAUUUUUUCUUCAGUCGCCCUAAUCCUAUUCCAUACAAUUGAGAUCCUUUCAUCUAAAAACAAAAAACCAUCAGAUUUGUGCUACUUCAUAUGUGGAACUAAAUUGGAUAUGUAUUAGUUUUCAAAACAUAACCUAAUUUUUGCACAUUCUUUACAAAAUAGUUCCAGCUCACUCUGAAUGAGUGCAAAAAAGAUCCUCAAUUGGAUGCCAGUCUAGAAUUUGACUAGGCCAUUCUAACACAUCUGUAUGCGUUGAUCCAUCUUAUCGUUGCUUUGGCUGCUAAAGGUGAAUCUCCACCCCAGUCUAAUGUCUUCUACAGUCUCAGGCUUUUUCUUUUUCCAUAAUCUUUUUGUUUUUAACUUCUCUGAUUACUGCUCUCGGUCUCCAGCGUGUCUUACUGUUUUAAUUUUAUUUUUGUUUUUCCCUGAUGUGUGAGAUCUUGUUGCUGUAAAUCUCUCUGUUAUUUCCUGACCUGUCUGCCGUGUUUCUGUCUUCCUGAUGCUUUUUGUUCACCAACGUUCCCAGACAACGUCACACAACAGUUGGCAUUUGUACUGACAUUAAAUACAAUCAUUUAAA